AUGAUUGGCAACCAUUUUGUGUUCAAGCGGGUUUUGCUCACCAUUCUGUUCAGUUUCUUUGCUUCGCUGUUGAUUUACACCGACUAUCUACAGGAAUUGUAUCUUUUCAGCAACAAGUUCAGACUCACCGAAUUCAAAGUGGAUAUGGAAACUUAUCACUUCUUGAAAGAAUACUCUGAUCUGGAACAACAGUCUGUCACUCCAUUGAAACUGGCCAAGGACAUCGAAUCUCCCGUGAAUGAGUUCUAUAUGGACUCUCCUUUCCCGAAACUGGAUCUGGUCUAUGUUGGUCCCACGUUUAUUGAAAACGGCUCAAUUGCCCUAAACUGCGAAUACAGCUUCACCAAGUUCAAAUGUCGUGUUCAGGGCCUCAUCCGCAGCGAGAAGACGUAUCUUGCCAACACAUAUUUAAACGACUCGAAAUUUGAGGAAAUCGAGUUCAAAACUUCGUACCACGCCCUGUUGCAAUUUUACAAGCUCCGCCAUCUUGCAACCACCAAUAACCAGUCCAACCUGCGCCUGAUCACCAACUAUCUGUUUCUGUUUGGGUUCAACGGGACAAAUAUCCCGCUAUUUUCGUCUCCAACAGAAGAAGUCGAUUUGUCGGUCAUUGACAGGAAAAUCGAAAACUACAACAAGAUCCAAAACUGUGUCAAGGAUCUGCUGGUUCUUGUGCAGCUCAAGAUCGUCAACUUCGCAUUGAUCGGCGUGUCGUUUGUGUCUGUGCUAUUUUUGCACCUGGUGUUGUACUGGCUGCUGUAUCUGGUAUGUGGAGGCUCAUCCCGAUCCAGGGCUAACCGCGGCCCCGAUCCCAACGAGCGGGACAUAGUCGUGCCGGAUUACGUUAUGCAUUCGAGCAGCACGAUCCAUUUCGACACGACUGCCAAACCCGAGCACGAUACCGACUACUCAGGCCUGGAGGAACAGAAAGACGAGUAUCAGGAUUUCCGCAAUCAGGACCUGCUGGGAAAGAGCCGGUUCGCAUUCGGACUGAUCAUCGUGUACUGUCUGGUUCACUACCUGGUGUACUAUCUGAUUGACUUUUUGGUUCAACAGGCCAUCAACCGAAUCUUUUGGAACAUUACCAACGGGGAAAUCGAGCUUACUGGAAUAAGCAGUACCAACACGUUGACUGCGUCGGCCGGAUUCCCAGAUACGUCAUCUAGCUUACCCGAAACUAAUUGGAAUUCCAACGGCGGAGAAACGUUCACGACAUUGUUAAAUAUUUGUGGCUUGGUGCUUAAUACGCUCAUUUUCAGCUUUUUCCAUUACCUAUACGGCAUAUUGGUGUAUGUCUACACGUUGACCUGA